AUGGUUAAAUACUGUGGUUGCCCAUGUGGAUCCAGAACCGGAUGCCAAUGCAGAACAGGAUCCGGAAAGGACUGCGAAUGUCCAUGCAAAGACACCGAAGAAGACCAAGGAUGCGAAUGCUGUAAAAACAACCAAUGCACAAAGGAGAAGUGCAACUGCGGAACCGGCUGUCAAUGUAAAUGCUGUAAAGAGAGGGAGGGUACUUACUCAUCUGUUAAUGCCUUUUUAUCCCAAGGUUUAAUGAUAGUCUUGGCCUUUACUGGAGAUGGUUACCUGAAGACCUACUCUAAAUAUGAACAUGACAGGAGUAAAUGGCCUACUAAAGACUAUGGGUUCUGGAAGUCCUUAGGAUACUGGAUAGGGGGUGGAGUAUCUGAGGCAUGUAAGAGUGUUAAGUCCUCCUUUACCAAGAAUGUUAGAUGCAAAGUUUUAGGUAAAUCAGAGGCUCUACUCAUUGUCUAUGAAGAUCAGGAAUUUUAG